ACUUCCAUUUCGAAACUAUGCUGCUGCAUCGUUUCCGGUAUGUUUGUUUUAAUGCUUGUUAGCUGUUGUUGUCUGGUAAUUCAGCAUGAGUGUACGCAGAAAAGUAUUUAAAACGGUACAUUUUCAAAGACAGGAGAAGAAAUACUCCGAACAUUGCUGUGUCCCACUUUGUUCGGCUUCGUCCAAAUUUAACGGUGUUUUAAGUUUCCAUAGUUUUCCGACUCAGUCCGACUUGAGAAAACGAUGGCUGAUAAACAUACGCCGGGAUGAUUUCACUCUUACCGCUCACACUAAGGUCUGUAGCAGACACUUUGCCACUGAUCAGCUCAUAGAGCCAACGACCCCUGAUGGUCGAAGAAGACUGAUUAAAGGUGCUGUACCAACGCUUUUUGAGUGGAAUGGCUUUAAAGUUGAGCCACUGCGGCGUAGUGUUUGGGAGAGAACAGAGCGACCCACUGAACUUGUCCAUCUUGAGGAGCAGGAAGAGCAGGGUCUCUCAAAUGAUCAUGACUACUGCUCAGUCCCUGAACCGUCUGCAUUGGACAUGUCUGCAUCAGCUGCAGAAGACCUGUGUAAAGAGGUAGAGGAUCUGAGGAAGGAAAUACAGGAGCUGCGUGUCCAGCGUGAGUUUGGAUUACAGCGGUUUGCUGGCUCCGACACCGACAUCAGAUUCUAUACCAGAUUUCCAAGCUAUGACCAUUUGAUGGCAUUUUGGUUUUUGAUUGAGCCUUGCAUUUAUAAAAUGGUCAGGGUCUCAAGAGCCAAAUCAGCUGCCAAGAGGAAUGAAGAAGUGGUGACACCUGCACGUUCAUCAACAAGGCAGCUGCUCCAGCCAAUCGAUGAGUUCUUUCUUUUCUCGUCUUCCUGUCGUGAUAAGGAGCUAUUCAAGCAAUCAGGCAUCGCUGAGAAGUUGACCGAAGACAUGGCAGUGAUGGUUGAUAAGGGCUUUCUAAUCAGUGACUGCUGUAAGUGCAAAGUGUACUGUCCACCUUUCCUGUCUAAGCAGAAGCAGAUGCCAGCAUACCAGGUUAAGGAGACACAGGCCAUAGCCAGACUGAGAGUACAUGUGGAGCGAGUCAUUAGGAGGAUAAAACAGAACAAACGUUUUGAUGGCAUCAUCACCUUAUCACAUGUCUACAACAUCAACCAGCUGUUUGCAGUGGCAUACACAGGUAGUCCUCCUGUGCCCACACAACAAAGUCACACCACUGCAUCCCGCUGA